CGGGUGGCGGCGGCUGGUGGUGGUCAGUAGUGAGCUCGCCGCCGCGCGCGAGCCCGUGUGUUUGUCUCUGUGUGCGCGCGUGUACGACACGGCUGCAACAUGAGUGUGCGUGCGAUGUGUCUGCUGGCUCUGGUGGCCGGAGCACUAUGCAGCCCCGCCCCCCUCGCCCCCACGGCCGCCCCCGCGCGCGCCCCCCGCUCCUCCGACAACCAGCGCUGGCUGGACUUCGUCGCUGACUAUGCGCGCGCGCAGAUGUCGCAGAGCGGCGGCGGCGGCGUGCCGCAGCCCUUCCGCCUCGACUUGCCCAUCGAGGGUCGUGGCUCGCUGCCCGUGCUGGUGCUGCCCGUGCCCGUCGCCGCGCCGGGAUCGUGCGGCAGCGAGCAGCCCCCGCGGCCCGCGCUCCCCGCCGCGGACCCCACGCGCGUGUCCUCCGUGUUCAGCGUGUCCGCCGCGGACUACGACAGCCCCGCCCCGCAGCCCGCCCCUGCCCCCGCCCCCGCCCCCAAGCCGCAGCCCAGCGCCUUCGAGUACUUCGGGGUGCAGAACAAGUUCGGACAGACGGAGGCUCCGGUCAACGAUUUUGUCCCGGUAGCGGCGUCGUCCGACUACCUGGUGCAGCAGUUCCGGCUGCAGCAGCCCAGCGCGCCGCAGCUGCCGCCCGUGCUGCUGCCCGAGGGGGCCCCCGCCCCCGUGCUGCAGGGGCCGCUGGGGGCGCUGACCCCCGGCCGUGCCCCCGCGCCGCUGCGCUGGCCGCGCGCGCUGCGCCUGCGGGCCGCGCUCACCGUGCCGCGCGCCGACUACACCGAGACAUACGCCACCUGGUGGGACGAGGCGAGCGGCGCGUCGCGCACGCAGUUCCACGGCGGCGCCACCACCACGCUGAGCCAGCGCACCAGCGACGGACUCUACAAGUACUCAGAGAUCCGCAUGGACAACAGUGAGAGCCGGCCGCUGCGGCGCUGCGCCACGUCGCCCCCGCAGCGCGCCGCCCCCGCGCCCCCCGGCCUGCCCGACCCCGCGCCCUUCACCUUCGCGGGCUUCUCCACGCUGGACGGCGCCGCCGUGGAGGUGUGGCGGCACGCGGUGGACGAGCGCGGCGCCGGCGAGGAGCGCACCUUCCACCACGAGCUGGUGCUCACGAGAACCGCUGAAGGAGACGCCAUGCCUGUGCGGUACUCGGUGCGCGUGGACAGCUCGGUGCUGGGCGCGGACUGCGACGGCUGGGAGCACCGCUACACCGACGUGCGCGCCGGCGCCGUGCCCGCCGCCGACCUCGCCGCCGACCUCGAUGCGGCGUGUGACGUGACGGAGACGCUGGAGGCGGUGGACGCGGAGGCGGCGGCGCGGCUGCGGCCGCUGCAAGAGUUCACGCGCGCCGGCGCCGACCCGCGCCACGACCAGGCGCUGCUCAAGUACGCUCAGACAUUCAACCGAGUGUACGCCGACGCCAAGGAAGAGGCUGUUCGUAAGAAUCUCUUCACGCAAUGCUCAAGGUUCGUGGCGGCAGGGAACCGCGAGGGCGCGUCGUUCGAGAUGGGCGUGAACUUCCUGUCGGACCGGCUGGACGCGGAGCUGGGCGCGCUGCUGGGCGUGUCCUUCGACGAGCAGCAGGACGCGGCGGAGCAGGACCCGCACGACGCCACCGCGCUGCCCGGCCUGGCCCGCCGCCUGCCCGAGGCCUUCGACUGGCGCGACGUGGGCGCCGUGUCGCACGUGCGCUACCAAGGGUCGUGCCAGUCGUGCUGGGCCGUGGCGGUGACGGGCGCGGUGGAGGGCGCGCUGUUCGUGGCGCGCGCGGGGGGCGCGGCGGCGGCGCGCGCGGGGCGCGGGGGGCGGCUCACGGCGCUGGCGGAGCAGGCGCUAGUCGACUGCGCGCAGCAGACGGGCGCGCACGGCUGCAACGGCACGUGGCCGAGCCACGCCUAUGACUACGUGAAGCUCCGCGGCCUGCCCGCGCUCGACACCUACGGACCGCACAAGGAGAAGGUGGAGACGUGCCGCGAGCGCCAGGUGGCGCCGGAGACGCACAUCAGCGCGCACGUCAACGUCACGCGCAACAGCUGGCCCGCGCUCAAGGUGGCGAUCGGCGAGCACGCGCCCACGGUGGUCAUCAUCGACGGCGAAGCCAAGAGCUUCAUCUUCUACAAGAAGGGAGUGCUUUACGACGACCGAUGCGGCAAGCAGCGGCCCAAGCUGAACCACGCGGUGCUGGCGGUGGGCUGGGGCCCGGCCCCGGCGGCGGGGGGCGCGGGGGGCGCGGGGGACGCGCAGUACGUGACCAUCAAGAACUCGUGGCACGCGGCGUGGGGCGAGGGCGGCUACGCGCGGCUGCACGCGCCCGCCAACACGUGCGGCGUGCUGGCGCUGCCGAGCUACCCGCGCCUCGCGCCCGCCGACGUCGACAAGCCCUAGCGCCUGCGACACACACAAUAUUAUUAUGUUACACUCUUGAGAUUACUAAUAAAUAUGUUUAACACUAAUAAGUAAUAGGAAAAAAUUGUGUAAAUAAAUAAAUAAUUAUCAACUAAA